AUGGCCGAGGCUUCCUUCAGGCAAAUGAUUGCGUCCAUCUUGCGCCAAACGAGACCACAAUCUUUUCGCCACACCAAGCCCAGUCGCUAUCCUCAGCGUCAGAUCUCUACUACCGCGAGCUCGGCCCCGCGACCAAGCGACUCUGACGGUCCCCAAUGGCAGGCCCAUACUGUGCGACCGUCCUCGCAGUCUGGCGCCGAGCAAUCUCGACUUGACAAACUGCGGAACGAGACCGAGCCACGCCCGUUUUCCUCCUUCCUGACCGACAAUUAUUCCAGACAGCAUAACUACUUGCGCAUAUCUGUCACCGAACGAUGUAACCUGCGGUGCCUCUAUUGCAUGCCCGAAGAAGGUGUACCACUGUCACCCUCGGCUCGGCUGCUGACUACCCCGGAAAUUGUUUAUCUAGCAGAAUUGUUUGUGAAUCAGGGCGUGGAUAAGAUUCGGUUGACUGGCGGUGAACCGACAAUAAGAAAAGAUAUCGUUGAUUUGAUGCAUCAAAUCGGAAAGUUGAGGAACAAUGGUCUAAAGGAGCUAUGCCUUACCACAAAUGGCAUAUCACUACAUCGCAAGCUCGACUCGAUGGUAGAGUCAGGUUUAACGGGCGUUAAUCUGAGCCUGGAUACAUUGGAUCCCUAUCAGUUCACCAUCAUGACGCGAAGGAAUGGCCAUGAUGCGGUCAUGAAAUCCAUCAACCGCAUCCUGGAAAUGAACAAACUGGGAGCUAAAAUCAAGCUUAAAAUUAAUUGCGUGGUUAUGCGUGGUUUGAAUGAGCGCGAGAUAGUCCCAUUCGUCGAGCUCGGUCGAGAACAGGAUAUCGAAGUCCGGUUUAUUGAGUACAUGCCAUUCGACGGGAAUAAAUGGUCAGAGAAAAAGAUGAUCAGUUUCGGGGAGAUGCUCGCUCUCAUCCGGGAAAAAUAUCCCGACGUGCAGAAGGUCCAAGGUCACAAGAACGACACCAGCAAGACUUAUCAAGUCCCAGGUUUUGUUGGAAGAAUGGGCUUCAUUACCAGCAUGACGCACAACUUCUGCGGUACAUGCAACCGACUUAGGAUUACUGGAGAUGGCAAUCUCAAGGUCUGUCUGUUUGGCAACGCUGAAGUCUCCCUUCGCGAUAUCCUGCGCGAGUCAAACGACGGCAAUCCCAUUGACGUCGAGGCCAUGGAAGCAAUCAAACAGUUUGAACUGGGUCGACGCGGAACCAUCGCUGGCAGCACCGGCAAUCUAGCUGUCUCCGAUACGGAAGCCAAACUGCUGGAUGUGAUUGGCAUGGCUGUCAAGCGAAAGAAGGAGAAGCACGCUGGUAUGGGCGAGCUUGAAAACAUGAAGAACAGACCAAUGAUCCUGAUCGGUGGGUAA